AUGGCCACCCGAGACUCUGAUUCGAGUCCAAAGGCAUUGAUUUAUCGUGGACCCGCUGCCUGUGACGGCUGUCCAGAAUCAGUUGCCGCGAUCCUCGAGUCUUCUUCGUCUAAAUUCGUUGUCAAGUACGCCGGGCCCAAUGAGGAAAUUGAUAUCAACGCGGAGUCUUUGAAUGAAGUUGAUCUCUUCGUUCAGCCAGGAGGCGGUGAUCUCGAGCCCGGAUGGAAGCAUACAAAAAAGUACAAAAAAGCCAUCCGCGAUUAUGUCGCUCAAGGCGGAAUAUAUGCCGGGUUUUGCCUCGGAGCGUACUUAGCCGGUCCCAAACUUGGAUAUGAUAUUCUCCCUCCAGGCUCGUAUAUAGCUGAUGAGGCAGAUCAACCCGGCGCGCAGGUGAAGAACUACAAGGACACUGUCAUCCAAGUUGAUUGGACUUUCCACACAGGCCCAAACAAAGGCCAAGAACAGGAUGGUCGAUGGUUGUAUUUCCAAGACGGGGCUGUCAUGAAAUUGGCACCAAACGCGUCCGCGCUUAUUCUUGGAAAGUAUUCAAGUAACGGAGAUAUUGCUGCCUCUGUGACUCCUUUCGGGAAAGGAUGGGUUGGGCUUGUCGGUCCCCAUCCUGAGGCCGAUGAGAGUUGGUAUCAACUAGUCAACGUGACCAACCCAGACGGAGUCAAAUUUGAUAUAGCCUACGAUUUUGUAGAAAGCAUCAUAGAUUGGGCGACGAAUCAGUGA